GUGAUACCUUUCAAGUUCGGUCAGUCUUCUGACGGCUUGCUUCCGUGCUCCACGUGUGUCCGUUACUCGAUCCGUCCUCUCGUUCUCGUUUCUUUCGCUCCGAAAUAAACAGUGCAAUUUUCCAUCGCUAAAUCGCUGCUGUACGCCAUGGAAACGGAAAUGUAGAAACAUAGAAAUAUAGAAAUAACGAAAAAUAACUAUCGUACAAUUUCGUUAGUACAAGCGUAGUAUAGAUUAGUGUGGAUUAGUGUAGAUUUAUAAACGGAGCAUAAUCGCAGAAAAAAAUGUUAACAAUGGUGUCCCGAGUCCAAGUAAGAAUCAUCUGGAUGGAAUAAACAACUAGCCGAUCAAGGAAAAUGAACGUCAUCUCUCCCUGGUGAAGCGAGAACAGAACCCAAGGAAAAUGUACAUGGGGAGCCUGGUGCUGUCGACGCAUCCGCAAAGUUUAGUUUACGUGGAGUAUUCUGACGGAGAAUUGAGCAGAAGUGAUGAGGAGAAGGAACCAGGCGGUAUACAGUGACGAACGCAACCUUCUCUCGCAACGAAGCUUCUCCUGCAACUAAAGAAAAAGGCCAAACACUGAUGGACAAACAAUUCUGCUGGAGGAUUCAAGGAAAGAUGACUCUCCGCGUGGUUCAUCCUUCAAAGUCAACGUUCUAACACAAGCCUGGAAGAGGAUCCAAAGGAAGGAUGACGUUGAUGGAGGUCUGCUAGGGACACCAGGUCCUAAACAUUCCCAAAUAAACGAAAUAAUUCAAGAGGAACGAGAACGAGAACGAGGACGGGGACGGGGACGGGGACGGGGACGGGGACGAGGAUGAUCGCGAUCUCGGUGUGGUUCAUUGUUCGAGGUAAAUGUUCGCCAGGGACUCGAUCGAACGGCGAUGAGCUUUCGUAGAGACACCAGACGCUAACCAGCCGCAAAAACGGAUUUCCUCGGCCAAGACGAAGACGAUUGUCUUCUGCAAGUGGAAAGGUCGACAACUGACUGCCCCAAGCAUCCUAAGAUGCCUCUGAUGGUGAAGAUGAUCGACAUUUUCGGCUCCCUGCGGUCCCUCUUCAAGGUACAGAGAAUCUCCGAGGACACGGUAGUCUUUCGACUCCAUUAUCGCGCCACGGUGGCUCUCCUCCUGGGAGGUUGCGUGACCUUGGCGUGUAAGAGCAUCUCUGGCUCGCCUAUACACUGCGAGGCCUCCGGAUCCGUCGACAAGAUCGUCCUCGAGACCUUUUGCUGGCUCCACACCACCUACAGCAUGGUGCACGCAUUCAACAAGAGCCUUGGACAGGCUGUACCCUAUCCUGGUGUCUCCAACAGCAAGGGCGUUGGCAUGCACGGCCAUGCGGCUCACCCUCUAGUCAAACAGCACAAGUAUUAUCAGUGGGUCAUCUUCUUCUUGCUCCUGCAAGCGAUCCUCUUCUACACGCCCCGUUGGUUGUGGAAAGGUUGGGAGGGUGGAAAGAUCCACGCGUUGAUGAUGGACCUCGACAUAGGCCUCUGCUCCGAGGUGGAGAAGAAGCAGAAGAAAAAGAUGCUGCUCGACUAUCUGUGGGAAAAUCUUCGCUAUCACAAUUGGUGGGCUUACAGGUACUACCUCUGCGAAGUUCUCGCCCUGGUGAAUGUGGUCGGUCAAAUGUUUCUGAUGAACCGCUUCUUCGACGGUGCCUUUCUGACGUUUGGUAUCGACGUGCUCAGGUUCCUGGAAUCGGAUCAGGAGGACAGGGUCGAUCCAAUGAUAUACGUGUUUCCACGGAUGACCAAGUGCACCUUCUACAAGUACGGCGUCAGCGGUGAAGUCGAAAGGCACGACGCCGUUUGCAUACUGCCCUUAAACGUCGUCAACGAGAAGAUAUACGUAUUUCUCUGGUUCUGGUUUCUCUUUCUCGGCGUGCUCAGCUUUAUAACGGUUUUAUACAGGAUCGUAAUCAUAUUCUCGCCGCGAACGAGAGUCUACCUUCUAAGGCUGCGGUUUCGUUUGGUCAGAAGAGAAGCCGUGGAGACGAUUGUCAGGAGGAGUAAAGUGGGAGAUUGGUUUCUUCUUUACAUGUUGGGAGAGAAUUUGGACACGGUGAUAUACAGGGACGUGAUGCACGAACUGGCCAGCAAGCUCGCGUCCAGACACCAUCAUAGCGUACCUGGAAUCAAGGGAGAACUUCAGGAAGCCUGAUCCGAAUUGCCUCGGACAAGAGGAUGUCUUCAGCGAGGGAGGGUCGCAAGGAACGGCAAAGAUGGACGGCCAAGGACCAAUAAGGGAACAAUAACAGAUCGUGUCACGGUACACUGAAUUCUGUCCAAGAGACCCCUACGCCUC